AUGCUGGUGACUGUCAUCCUCUUCCUUUCAGUCUUCCAAGGAAUCGUUGAAAAGUCUGAAAUGGCUGCAAAGUACUCAGGAACAAUUUUAUCAAUAAUUGUGAUCUUUGGAAUAACAGAAAUCAAUGUAAACUUAGGACAAUAUAGACUCUAUGAAGCUUUUAUGGGCCAGAUUGCACUCAGUUUUCUUAUGUCAACCUGAAUGUCAACCAACUGGAUUGCAGCCACUCUGUGCCUCCUUCUCUCUUAUGCCUACUAUUGCACUAGAAUGAUAACAACAUUUGAUGAUGUUCCAAAUGAGCUGUUUAUUGGAUUACUAGAAGCAAGCUCGUUGUAUGCUCUUGGAGCCUACCUUAGCUCGAGGACUCUUCACAGAGAACUCUCAGCUAAUUUCAAGGCCAAGGAGUCGUCAAAAGAGUUCAAAAAAUUUUUAAAAUGUGUUCCAGAAGGAGUCUCCAUUGUAGACCAUGAGUUUAUGGAACUUAAGUUCUACAAUUCCAAACUCAGAGAGGCUUUUGAUAUUAAUCGAUACUGUGACUCUGGAGCCGAGCUGGCUGAGUUUAAUGACUUAAAAUCUAGUAUUGAUCAGGAGUUUAGUCAAGCUCUUAAAAAGAUGGCCAAGAAUUCAUGUGAAAACUCAGUAGGAAAUAAACCUUUCAAAUCUUUGAUGAAAAAGUUUAAAAUUAUCAAAGAAUCUGACAUAGGAUCUUUCGAACCCUUGGAUGAAGAAGACAAGAAUGUUGAAGAUCAGCUCGACCAACCAUUACUUGAGAAAAAACAAAAGUUAGGAUCACCUGAAGAUAAAAAUUUGUUUGAAUUUUUGUAUCAAGAAAGAGAGACUCUCAAAAGAGAAAAUGCUAAAGAGAAAGAAUCAAAAGUUUCACUAUAUUUCAAUGACUUCAAUUUUAUCGAUGGGAUAGAGAUAUCUAAAAGAGAAUUCGUCAUAAAGACAAGGAGUGUCAGUAGGAAUGACACUGAUAGUCCAAAAUCUUCAAUGUAUUUGCACAUCUUUAGUGAUACCACUCAAAUCACCCAGCUUGAAGAGCAGAAAGCCCAGAACAGGUACCAGAAACAAAUGCUGGCUAAUGUGUCCCAUGAAUUCAGGACUCCAUUGAAUGCGAUGUCUCUGAGUCUGGUGUUAUUGAGAAAGAAGAUCGGAGGGCCAUAUGCUAAGCUUUUAAAAAUAGCAUCCUCGAGUUGCAACAUUUUGAAUUUUUUGGUUGAAGACAUCCUGGAUCAUGCCAAGAUCGAGUCUGGAGUGUUCGAGAUUCAACCAGAAGUGUUCAAAGUCAGCAAAAUUAUUGAAGAAGUUGAAGAAAUCUUUGAACUGCAAGCUUUGCAAAAGAGAAUUUCACUAAAAUUCCAUGUAGAAAAGGAAAUAGAAUGCAUUAAAAUCGAGACAGACAAACAAAGAAUCAAACAGGUGAUGAUGAAUCUGUUAUCUAAUGCUCUCAAGUUUACUGAUAGAGGAGAGAUUAAAGUUUUUCUAGAGAGGCUCAUUGGAGAUCACAAAGAUUCUAGCAAGUCAAGAGAGGAGGAUAAAGUUGAUCAUGAUGGCAAAGAACUACAUUUCAUACCUAAUAGAAUGAAUGAAAGUUAUAGUGUUGAAAUUACACCAAGACCUCAAAUCCCGAGAGUAAGCCACUAUGAGAGAUAUCCUGACAAUAAUGAUAAAUCAAGCUACAGGGGAGUAAUUCAGAACCCUCAUAUCGACCCAUACAGAAAGCUGAAGCUAAAAUUAACGGUAGAAGAUUCAGGCAUCGGAAUUCCCUUGAGCGACCAGUCCUCUCUGUUCAAGCUCUUUGGUAAGACCAGCUCCAAUCACAACCGCAACAAGACUGGCUGUGGCCUAGGACUGACUAUCUGCAGGAAGAUCUUACAGAAGUUGGGCGGAGACAUUACUUUAGAAUCUGAAGAAGGCAAGGGCACCAAGUUUACAUGCAUAUUUGAAUGCAAGUACUAA